AUGUAUCCCAAAUUAUUUCCUCUAUUGCAGGUAAGAUUAGAACGUUAUCGUGCAGCUGAUCCUCAACUUACAAUUCGAAGGUUGUUACGAAAUGAUUCGGUUUCAUUAGACUUGUAUCGAAGUAAGAAAGAAAAGCUAGAUUUAUUGGAUGCUGCUUUGGAAUCCUGCGAUGGAAAUGUCAUCAUUGCUGUCGUACUAGCCUUGGAAAGGUCUCUUGAAACUUCGAUAUUUUUGGAUAUCUUGAAGCAAAAGCCAGUUGCUGCCUGUCAUUAUGUAGCUUACCUGAAAGAUACGAAGAAUUUUGAUCAACUUACUUCAACAUUACUAGCUUUGAAUCGUACAGAAGAAGUCGCGCUUGUAUUGUACUCAGUAGCCUGUAAGAAACAACCAAACGAAAGAAUCGCGCAUUUAAAAAAAUGUUUAAAUGUAUGUACUGCAGUUCCAUCACUGGAAGCUUUUUCGAAAUCUGUGAAUGAAUACAUCAAUCUUCUGGAACGACAAAUUGUAAUUGAAGAUGCUGAUGAAGCACUUAUCAAAGACGACAAAGACGGAAAAAAUAAAAUCUUUCAGCAGUACCCCAAAACAAUUACUUUAAUUGGACGACCAGUUCUGACGACACUGUAUUAUUCUUGCCUGUAUCAUUUUGAUCUUCCCGUGAAUGCUUAUGCUAGUCCAUUAUCCAUAAAAGAAUGCUUCAAUAUAACUGAAAAACAGUAUGCAUGGAUGGCAAUAUCGGCGUUAACCAGUUUGAAAAGAUGGAAUGACAUUGAAAGGGUAUUGAUGAGCAAAAAAUUAUUGGGUGGUGUCAAAAUUCACUGUCCUUUUGCUUGGCGCCAUUUAUUUACCAUCAUUUCACGCGAUGAGCGGCCACCAAAGGAAAUCUUAUGUAAGCUUUUGCGCGCCGUUCCGGAUAUAAGCGAGCGUCAGUGCCUUGCAAACCAGUUUCCAGAAGCAUCUGAAAUAACAAUCGAAUGCUUGGUAGCGCAAAAAGAUCGAGUUGCUUUGAGUGCAUUUCUAGCCAAGCUAACACCACAUACAAUAGAAGCUUAUAAAGCAUUGAACGCCUUGAAUAAUGUUACAAAUCGAUGGAAAAAUUAGGUUGGCAGUUUGAUUCAGAAGGACAAAUCCGAUGAAUUACUGCCGGCAAAAGUACAUAUUUACUUUAAGAUGUCUUUCUUUCGUUUCUUUUAAGGAUGAUUCCAUUUGAAAUAAAAAAUUAUUAAUAGAUGCUGUAAUUUAAUACUUUUUGUGAGGUAUUCAUUGUGAUAUGUUAAUUUUCCUGAACGA